CCCCCUUGAAACCGACUAAUUGGGAUCGGAGAGGCCGAGGUGAGGGCUGGAGGAGGCACAAAGAAGUCGCUGGGUGCAGAAGGGAGGGGAGAGGGGGAGCUGAGAGGCGAGAGGAGGAGGAAGAGGAGAGAGGGCAGCGGCGCGCGGUGUCUCCGGCGGUUCAGUCCGACCGCGGCAAGCAAGCGGGCAGGCGCACCGCCCCCUCCCCCGCCCGGCCUCCCCAACUCUGCGGCCGCGAGCAAAGUUUGCAAAGAGGCGCGGGAGGCGGCAGCCGCAGCGAGGCGGCGGCUGGGAAGGAGCGCAGUCUCCGGGUUGGGGGCGGGGGCGGGGGGGCGCCAAGGAGCCGGGUGGGGGGCGGCGGCCAGCAUGCGGCCCCGCAGCGCCCUGCCCCGCCUGCUGCUGCCGCUGCUGCUGCUGCCCGCCGCCGGGCCGGCCCAGUUCCACGGGGAGAAGGGCAUCUCCAUUCCGGACCACGGCUUCUGCCAGCCCAUCUCCAUCCCGCUGUGCACGGACAUCGCCUACAACCAGACCAUCAUGCCCAACCUUCUGGGCCACACGAACCAGGAGGACGCAGGCCUGGAGGUGCACCAGUUCUAUCCGCUGGUGAAGGUGCAGUGCUCGCCCGAACUGCGCUUCUUCCUGUGCUCCAUGUAUGCACCCGUGUGCACCGUGCUGGAACAGGCCAUCCCGCCGUGCCGCUCUAUCUGUGAGCGCGCGCGCCAGGGCUGCGAAGCGCUCAUGAACAAGUUCGGUUUUCAGUGGCCCGAGCGCCUGCGCUGCGAGCACUUCCCGCGCCACGGCGCCGAGCAGAUCUGCGUGGGCCAGAACCACUCCGAGGACGGAGCGCCCGCGCUACUCACCACCGCGCCGCCGCCGGGACUGCAGCCGGGUGCCGGGGGCACCCCGGGUGGCCCGGGCGGCGGCGGCGCUCCCCCGCGCUACGCCACUCUGGAGCACCCCUUCCACUGCCCGCGCGUCCUCAAGGUGCCAUCCUAUCUCAGCUACAAGUUUCUGGGCGAGCGUGAUUGUGCUGCGCCCUGCGAACCCGCGCGGCCCGAUGGUUCCAUGUUCUUCUCACAGGAGGAGACGCGUUUCGCGCGCCUCUGGAUCCUCACCUGGUCGGUGCUGUGCUGCGCCUCCACCUUCUUCACUGUCACCACGUACUUGGUAGACAUGCAGCGCUUCCGCUACCCAGAGCGGCCUAUCAUUUUUCUAUCGGGCUGCUACACCAUGGUGUCGGUGGCCUACAUCGCGGGCUUCGUGCUCCAGGAGCGCGUGGUGUGCAACGAGCGCUUCUCCGAAGACGGUUACCGCACGGUGGUGCAGGGCACCAAGAAGGAGGGCUGCACCAUCCUCUUCAUGAUGCUCUACUUCUUCAGCAUGGCCAGCUCCAUCUGGUGGGUCAUCCUGUCGCUCACCUGGUUCCUGGCAGCCGGCAUGAAGUGGGGCCACGAGGCCAUCGAGGCCAACUCUCAGUACUUCCACCUGGCCGCCUGGGCCGUGCCGGCCGUCAAGACCAUCACCAUCCUGGCCAUGGGCCAGAUCGACGGCGACCUGCUGAGCGGCGUGUGCUUCGUGGGCCUCAACAGCCUGGACCCGCUGCGGGGCUUCGUGCUAGCGCCGCUCUUCGUGUACCUGUUCAUCGGCACGUCCUUCCUCCUGGCCGGCUUCGUGUCGCUCUUCCGCAUCCGCACCAUCAUGAAGCACGACGGCACCAAGACCGAAAAGCUGGAGCGGCUCAUGGUGCGCAUCGGCGUCUUCUCCGUGCUCUACACAGUGCCCGCCACCAUCGUCAUCGCUUGCUACUUCUACGAGCAGGCCUUCCGCGAGCACUGGGAGCGCUCGUGGGUGAGCCAGCACUGCAAGAGCCUGGCCAUCCCGUGCCCGGCGCACUACACGCCGCGCAUGUCGCCCGACUUCACGGUCUACAUGAUCAAAUACCUCAUGACGCUCAUCGUGGGCAUCACGUCGGGCUUCUGGAUCUGGUCGGGCAAGACGCUGCACUCGUGGAGGAAGUUCUACACUCGCCUCACCAACAGCCGGCACGGCGAGACCACCGUGUGAGGGGCGCCCCCAGGCCGGAACCGCGCGGCGCUUUCCUCCGCCCGGGGUGGGGCCCCUACAGACUCCGUAUUUUAUUUUUUUAAAUAAAAAACGUUAGAAACCA